UCAACAGUCAAUUGUCAAAUGUCACCUCGGUUUGCUGUCUUGGUCUUGCUUGGUUCGCGGUAGAAAUUACCUAAAAAAAGCUGGACUUUACGAAAGCUAUGGCCACGCAUUAAAGUUUAUCAUAUAAAAUAGAUCUUCUUAAAGUGUGUGGGCUACCUACAUUGAAAAUAAUCUUAUCACUUUGUACUUAGUAUUGUUUUACACUGAAAAAAGUUGAUACUAAAAGGGGGAAACCAUGACUUCUAAUGAGGGCCGAGCUCAGUCAAACUUGCAUCAUCAAGAUUUAUCGAAGCUAGAUGUCACAAAGCUAUCUGCUUUGUCUCCUGAAGUGAUAUCCAGACAGGCGACUAUAAACAUUGGGACCAUAGGACAUGUAGCUCAUGGAAAGUCUACAGUUGUGAAAGCUAUUUCGGGAGUGCAGACUGUCAGAUUCAAGAAUGAGUUGGAACGGAAUAUUACCAUUAAAUUGGAGCGCCUGAAGGACUCAGUCUUAAGAAUGUACAGCCAAAGAGCAGAGGAAAGAGAUGAAAGUAUGUUCUUUGAAACAAUUAAAAAGUCCAAAAAAAGGACUUUGCUUUCUUCUUCGGAUACCACUCCAGAGAAGCCUCGAAACAAAAAACAAAAAAGACAGGAACCUGAAGUAUAUAUCAUAGAGAAAAUUGUAGAUUUUAAAUUUGAAUCAGGUAGAGAAAUGUUUUAUAUAAAAUGGAAAGGCUGGGAUGAUAUUGAAAAUACUUGGGAACCCAUUGACAAUCUGGAUAACUGCCCUGACAUGCUAAAUGAAUUUAUAAAAAAUGAGGAGCUCAAACACCUUGAUAAAAUUGAAAAACUAAAGGAGGAAAUAUCUUUCGAUGAUUUGCUGAGCGAACAAAAUCUAGUUACUCGAAUUGAUGAGGUUAUGGAAGUUGAUCUCACAAAUUUGAAAGCAAACCUAUAUGUCAAGUUGUUGUCAAUGAUAAAGUUGACAGAGGAAGAGGAACUUCAUGCAUCUGAUCUAGUUCAGAGUGCGAGGAACUUGCUUCAACUGUAUGUAUCUACUAGGAAAAGAUGUCGUCAACUUAUGGCACUCAGAGACUGGGAACAAUAUAUAAACCAAGUUGAUAGAUCCAAAAAACUGACUGUGGAAAAUAAAUUUGAUCUUACCGGCCCACCAGAAAAUUUUACAUACAUAAAUGAGUCCAUACCUGGUGCCGGUGUAACCAUUCCAACGGAACCACCGAUUGGGUGUGAAUGUGUGGCUUGCAAUUGUAGAUCAAAGUCCUGUUGCGGUAUGCAAGCUGGUCUCUUUGGGUAUACGGCCCUAAAACGAGUCCGUGUAACUUCAGGGACACCUGUAUACGAAUGCAAUAAGGCAUGCAAAUGCUCGUCCGACUGCAACAAUCGUGUCGUUCAGAGAGGCAGGACUGUGAAGCUCACCAUAUAUAGAACACCCAAUGGUUGUGGUUGGGGCGUUCGGACAGACCAAAAAAUCAAGCAGGGACAAUUCAUAUGCCAGUAUGUUGGUGAGGUUAUAACAUUUGAGGAAGCAGAAAAACGUGGGAGUGAAUAUGAUGCAAACGGAUUGACAUAUUUGUUUGAUCUCGAUUUCAAUUCAUGUGAAAAUCCAUAUGUAGUCGACGCAUGCAAUUUGGGGAAUGUUGCACAUUUUAUAAACCACUCGUGUGAUCCCAACUUGGGUGUGUGGGCCGUGUGGGCAGACUGUCUGGAUCCGAACUUACCGAUGCUGGCUUUAUUUGCCACAAGGGAUAUUGACGCAGGAGAAGAAAUAUGUUUUGACUAUUUACAAAAGACUACAAAUGAUAAUGAAGUCGGCCAGACCAGCUCUGUUUGCUCAGAUGAUACUUCUGCUCCAAGUUCUUCGGCUGAUGAGGACAAUGCUAGUGUUCCGUGUUCUUCAGAUGCGAAUACAGCCACACCCUCUGCAUCCCCCGUCAAGUCACGUUUUGAAGUGCAACAACAGAACAUGGCAUCACUAAAAAAUCGCACUGAAUGUAAAUGUGGAGCAAUUAACUGUAGAAAAUAUUUGUUUUAAUGGUUGACCAUUAAAACAAAUGUUUUCUGCAGUUAUUAUAGAAGAAGAAGAGCAAUUUUCAAUAUGAAUGAUAUAUGAAUGUUAUUUAAACGGGUACAUACCACGAUAAAACGACGAGAUUUUUAUUGUCGAUAUUUCGACCCAGUUGCAUGGAUCGUGGUCACGACGGGACUGAAUGAUAUAAUUAAUACCUUGUAAUUGAUUAUAUUUUGAGUAAAUUUAAUUUUGGAUCUCCUUUACAAGAAACAAUGAUCUAAAUUAUAUGUCAUACAAAAGUUUAAUUUUACGUAAAUAUAUAUACUCUGCCUCUGAGUUUAAAUAUCCGCCCAGUUUAAAUAUGACGCGAAUAUAAUAAAGUGGGCGUAUAAUUGUACCUCUGAGUAUAUUAGUACAAGAAUUAAUGUAGCCUUAGUCUGGUUAGAGUAGAAAUAGGUAUAUCCUAUUUUUUAAAUGAUUUAGCGUUCUGGUACAAUGUCAUGUAGAAACCGAAAGGAGUGUGGAUUUCAUUCUACUCCUAACAAGCUAGCCCGCUUCCAUCUUAGAUUGCAUCAUCGCUUACCAUCAAGUGAGAUUGUAGUUAAGGGCUAACUUGUAAAGAAUAAAAAAAAACAGUAUAUAGUAUAAUAUAAAGUGUCUUAUAAUACGGUUUGUGAUUGUAUGCCUUGUUGUAUAUAAUUUAUAUUUUGAGUAAUUUUAAUUUUGGACACCUUUUGCAAGAAACAAUGAUCUAAAUAAUAUGUAAUAUAAAAGUUUUAACAUAAAUAUACUAUAAUAUUAUCACAAAAAUUAAUGUAAGCUUACUCUGAUUAGAGCAGAAAUGUGUAAUUCCUAUUUUUUAGAAAAUUAUACUUUACUAUUUACCUAGUUAUUAUAAAAAGUGCCUUGUAAAUAUUACAAAGAUGUUUCUAUAAAGCCGGGUACUCAUUAGCGAACUGUUCCUGUAACCGGACAGUUACAGUAACGUUCUAAUGUGCACGCAUAUUGUAGUCUUUGUGUCCAUCGAACUGAAUAUGUCCUUCAAACUGAAUGUGUCCAUCGAACUGAAUAUGUCCCAUCGAAUUGAAUAUGUCCAUCAAACACCCUCACCCACCAUACACAUUCAGUCGGCUGUAACUCUUAACAAACUACAUACAGUGUGUGUACUCGAUGUCAAGCUUCCUUAGGUUCGCGACAAAAACCGACAUCCAUCGGCUCGCUGCGUGCCGCUCGCGUACUACGUACACACUAUGAUUUGUGGUUACAGUAACGUCCAACUGUUACGUUACAUAAUGAAUACCUAUUUAUCAUUGGCUCGCUGCGAACUUCAACUCGGUCCGCUCGCGGCAAUUUCGCGAACCACGUACAUACUAUAAAUUUUGGUUACAAAUCAUGCAACUGUUACGGUUAAAGUUCGCUAAUGAGUACCCAGACUUACCGACUGAAUGGGUACGGUGGGUGAGGGCAUUUGAUGGACAUAUUCAAUUCGAUGGACACUAAGACUACAACACGCGUACAACCACGUUAAGCCGGGUACUCAUUAGCGAACCUAGUACCUGUUUAUCAUCGGCUCGCUGCGAAUUGCAACACGGUCCUCUCGCGUAGUUCGCAAGUAUUCGAACCACGUACAUACUAUAAAUUUUGGUUACAAAUCAUGCAACAGUUACGGUUACAGUUCGCUAAUGAGUUCCCGGCUUUACUGUAACUGUCCGGUUUCAGUUACAGUUCGCUAAUGAGUACCCGGCUUUACUGUAACUGUCCGGUUUCAGUUACAGUUCGCUAAUGAGUACCCGGCUUUAGAAAGUAUUUGCAAUUUCACCAGACUACAUUAGCCGUGAUGAAAAAACUGUUUGAGAUUUUGUCCUGUUCUGACAAAUGGUGAUUUUCUAAUUUGGCUGUUAUGUUGGUGAACCGUUUACUGUUAUCUAUUAGGGUUUAAGUAUUUUAGUUUUAUUUUAUUGAUAAUGUUGAAAUUGGAGAAGAGUAUAAGUAUUGCGUUUGUUUAUUAUUAACAAUAAGUUUGUUAAAUAUGUUUAGUUAUCUUACAAUUUAGUGUUAAGAUAUAAUAGUUUUACUAUAUGUCUAUAUAAGUAAUAGUCUUUAUUACAAUAUUUUUUUAUAUAAUUAGAUUACUUGUUAAAAUAAUAACUAGAAAAAGCAUUUUUUUUGGGGUGGAUCAAACAAAUGUCAAUGCUGAUAUAGACCUAGAGAUAACUCCACUAGUAAGAGACAAACAGAUGAAUUAGUUAUAAUAGUAAUAAUCAAAACAAUAUGUCCUAAUUUUCUUAAAGAAAUGUCUCGAAACCUUUUAAAAAGUAUGACAUUAAUAUUUUUAUAUUGAAUGAAAACUUUGCAUGCAUGAUACACUUACUUAGCGAUAAACGUUUACAUAAAAAAUAUUUUAAAUAAAUAAAAUUUUAAUUCAUCAAUCUUUCUAAUAAAAUUGAAAAAGAAAGUUAAUUCAGGAAAGCUUUAUUUUUGACACAUUAAUUUGUUAUCAUAGAAAAUUGUAAAAUGUAACUGAAUUGAAACUAAGUAAACUACAAAGAAUUAAUCUAAAAAUGUAUGUGGUACAUAUGUAUCUACCACAGGAAGAAUAUGUAUCAAUCAUCAUCAAUUUAAAACGGUUGGAUAUUUUUAAUUGCUUUGACUUUCAUGUGCUGGUAUUUUUUCUCGGCCGUUUUUUCUGUAGUGCUAAGCAAUUGCUUAAAUAGCUUAAAGGCUAAUCCAGGAAUGUCCAAACUCCAUAAUUGGCUACCAAACUUACCUAUGUUAAUAGCAUAGGUUCACAUAUUUUCAGUCUUCAUAAAAUGAGGUAUAUCUGGCUCUCGCUGGCCAUUUCAUUCAAGCAAAAGUCGACUUUAUUUUAAUUAAAGUAACAAUAAUAAUAAUUUUUGGCUACUUUGGCUAAUCUGUUGUACAGAUUAGUCAGAUAUGAUAGUUUUAGCACAAGGCUUCAAAAAGUGGAUUAAAAAAAAAUAAGAAAACCAAUUAACAAUAUUUGUCAGGACAACUUAAAUAACAAAUCAAACAAAAACAAAAUACGACCCUAGAGUGGAGUCACGCACUUGUGAAUGUUGUGUGUAGGGUUAAAGGCGCCUUUGACUGUUAACAAACACUCCCCUUUUCCACUCAAGUCACUCUCUCCGCCUAUCCCAAGUAAAGACGUCGGCAUCGUAGCCGUCUCAGACUACUAUUUCCUCCAAUAGGGUAUUUUAAACUGCAAGCUCUCUUUCUUUUCUUCUGUUCUCUUUCAAACUCAAAUCUUAUUAAUAAUUAAAAUCUUGUCAUUAGUCAUUAGCUUCAUUAGAGUUGGCAAUUCUCUGUCAUAAGUAGCCAAAAAUUAUUAUUAUCUAUAACUGCAUUCAAAUCUUAGACCAUUAAUAACUGGACGCGGUUCGCACCCAAAUUCACCAACAAAAAAGUCUGUCAUUUUUUGAGGGGGACGAGGUAAACUCACACAUCGAAACCAUUUAACACCAUUAAGUAUGUUCUGUGUCCAUACACUACACACAACUAUAAAUUUGAGUCGCAAUACACACACGCGUAAUUUAUACACACACUAGCGGACGCCCGCGACUUCGUCCGCGUAAAUUUCGAUGUCAACUUUACUACUACCCCUACCCUACCCUACCACUACCCCAACCCUACCCUACCCAACCCCUACAUCUACCCUACCCCUACCCUACCCUACCCCGACCCCCACCCUACCCCUACCCUACCCCAAACCUACUCCCAUCCUACCUCUACCCUCCCCGUACCCUAUCCCUUUCCUACCCCUAUCCCACCCGUACCCCUAUCUCACGCCUAUCCUACCCCUAUCCCACCCGUACCCCUAUCUCACGCCUAUCCUACCCCUACCCUACCACUUCCCUAUCCUACCACUACCCUAAACCCGGCCCUAAACCUACCCUACCCCUACACUACCCCUACGCUUCCCUACCCGUAUCCUACCCUACCCUGUAACUUCUCUAUCUUACUCCUACACUUAGCAAAAUCGGUCCAGUCCUCCGAGAGUGGUGGUAUGACCAAGAGAAAUAGAGACUUCUAUGCUAAUAAUAUAAAGAGGUAAAGUUCGUGUGGUUGUAGGAGGUAAUCUCUGAAUCUACUGGACCGAUUUGGAAAAUUGUUUUACCAAUAGAAAGCUACGUUAUUUGCGAGCGUCAUAGGCUAUGUUUGAUCCCCAUAUUCACACGGGAACGGGAACUACGUAAAUGAAAGCGCCGGGCGUCAUACAGCGGAAUUUCUGCGUCUUUUAGAAAUUUUGUAUUAUCUCCGAAACUAUUUAAGUAAUUAACAUACGGUAAAGGGCAAAUCUUAUCUCCAUAAUAUCCUUGUAAUUAUUAAAUAAUUUAUUUUAAUAAGGAUUAAAGUUUAGUUGUAUAAAUAAUGACGUAAACCUAAGUAUAUAAAAUUAAUAAUUUUUAAAACACAAAAGGUACUAUAUCUGCUAAUAUAUAAAAGAUAGAUAUAUGGCGUCGCGGACUUUUUUGUAGAACUUUUAAAGAUACAUAAAGUUUCCAUACAUUAAUUUCAAUUUUACACAAUAGUUAAGGCAGCGCAUGCGAAUAAGUCUGUUUAAGAGGAUUUUCAGUCCGACCUGUAUGACAAAAACUGUGAUAACUCGGCUAAUAUAUUUGAUACCAAUAUGAAAUAUAGCCUAUAGCACUCCCCGAUAAUGUAGCAUUCUACUGGUGAAAGAAUUUUUAAAAUCGGACCAGUAGUUCCGAAGAUUACCCCAUUUAAAAAAUGUGACAAACUUACAAACUUACAAACUUUACCUCUUUAUAAUAGCCCAAGAGCCCACGACAGCCAGACCUUCGUUAUUUUAUAAAAGUUGAAAGUUUCUCUGUAGAUGUCUCCUAUACAGGUAAGAACGACCAGCGACUAUAAAGUUUGGGUUGUGGUUACUUGGGCAGGUAACAGGUAGUAAAGGUGUAUAAAAUAGUACUUGAAAUUCGUUAAAGUAUAAAGCUCAAUUUUUUAAUAUUUCCUUCGGGAUAACUUUAAAAAUCUCGUCAUCCAUUGCCGGACACUUAUGACAGUUGCUACCCCCUGCCAGACACCCCUAAACUUCAAUAAAUUAUAAUUAUACUUUCGUUAUAGUAUAAAAGCUAAAUUUUAUAUAUGUUACUUGGGGACUUAUAAAAAGAUGUUACCUCAAUAGCCGGACAGUUUUCGUGAUUUUUACAUCUUGCCAGACACAUCGAAAGUCCACUAUAGGUGCGAGCGCGAAUGCUUAGUCGAUUACUAUUUUUUAAGAUAUCUAAUAAAAAAUAAUUUUAUUACGUUCAUAGCCAUGUUAUAUAAAGUAAAAAAUGUUUGUUUAAUAUCAUAAAAAUAUAAAAAAAAAGUAUAAUUACAAGUAAAAAAAGAUAAUUAAACUUAUUUAUUAAUUUAAACAUUGUCGUCGAUGUUUUCAUUUUCUUCAUCACUACUUCUCCAGUCGAUGGCAGAAUCGUCCUCAACAUCACCUUCUUCUUCAGUGUCUGAAAAAAAAAAUAAGCAAGUUCAAAAAUUAAGCAAGUUUAUACAAUUAUAAAUAAUUCAAAAAUUA